ACUUCCUGUGUCUGUUUGCCUCCUUAAAAAGAAUCGCCUUUAUGUAUCCCCAAUUGUAAGUCGCUUUGGAUAAAAAUGACUAAAUGUAAAUGUAAUGUUUGUAUAUUUUGCAUUUUCAUAUAGUAAAUGUCAACAGUAUUGCAUAUUUUUCUUAUCUUGCAGUAAUGUAAAUUUCUUUACAACAUCUUUAAAAAGUAUGCUAUAGAUUAUAUUAGUGGAGCUAAAGUGCAACAAUGUCUUCUUGUCUUCUUCAGUUGACUCCAGCAGUGAAAGGCACAAUCAUCACCGGCAUGUGUGAAGGUUUACUCUAUCUGCACAGUAAAGACAUCGUCCACCAAGACCUCAAACCUGAUAACAUCAUGGUGGAGCAUCAAACCCAUCGUGCUGUGAUCAUUGAUCUAGGACUGGCUAAAUUCUCCAGAAAUGGACUCACCUCUGCAGAAAACUUAUUCAGCUCCAGAGAUCCUGCAGAAUAAUGGCGUUCGUGACAAACGCUCA